AUGGGUUACAAGGCAGCAGUGGGAGUAUUAAAACAAGCAGAUGAUUUAAAAUUAAAAGUCAACCGAAAGUGUGAUUUAUUAAAUAGCAACGAAGCAUGGACAGAUCAGCAAAAAUUACAGACGAUAUAUCACCAGGCCCUGGUGCUGGAUUUAGAAUAUGCUCUUGAUAAAAAAGUUGAACAAGAUUUGUGGAAUAUAGGCUUUAAAAUUCACAUUUCAUCACUGCAGGAACUGACAAGAGACAAAAAAAAUCCUAAGAGGUCAGAUGCCCAAGCCUUAUUAACAUGGUGCUUGGAGGCAGCCUCAGGUUUUUAUUUAACCCUUUUACAAGAUUUAUGUAAUACAUUUAACAUUGACUUGCCAUUUCGAAGAAAAGGUUCUGUUUUUGGUCAAAUUAAUAUCACUGGAGAACAUAUUAAUUUACCACAAACAUCAUCAUGUCUUUACAUUUGUCAGUAUUGUUUGGUGCAUUUAGGUGACAUAGCAAGGUACAGGAAUCAAAGAAAACAGGCAGAAAAUUUUUACAAGCAGGCAAUAUUAGUUUCACCUACAAGUGGCCAGCCGUACAAUCAACUUGCUUUAUUGGAAGCUAGUCAAGGAGAUAAAUUAUCGACUGUAUACUAUUAUGUCAGGGGAAUCACCGUUAAAAAUCCUUUUCCAGCUGCCAUUACCAAUUUAAUGAAUACAUUAUCUUCAGCUGUAGAUAAAGAAAGUCCUUGUGAGAAAAUCCAAACCAAAAUGACAGUCAACGAAUUCAUCCAAGUAUUCCUAUGCACUCACGGCUACUUACACACAGCACUGGACUUGAAUCAAGCCGAUUUGUGCAUAAAGAGUCUAAACACCACGAUGACCGCCCUAGUGGCCACGCAAAGUUUUUCGAAGGAUUUUCUCAUUAAAAUUACAAUUAUUAAUUUGUACGCGUUGAGCCACGUCUUGGGAUCAAAAUCCAUUAAUAAGACUGACGAAUUGACUGAAGACGAGAAGAAAGUGGUUGCUUUGACUUUAGAGCUCAUUGCGGGGUCGCUUAGUGCUUUUUUGGUUCCCGUGCACACCUUGGUGAUGGACGAUAGUUUGUUGGACUAUUAUGCACUACCAGCAGUAAAACUGUUGAUGAAUUUUAUCCAAAAUGAUCCUGAGGUAUUAAAGAGUAAGGUUUUUGGAAACAGACUGCAAAUAUGGCCAAGUUUGUGCAAACUUUUAAACAGCAUACAGAAAAAACUUAAGGCACUUAACUACAAUAAAUACAUGAAAGCUCCUUUAUCAGAGGACAAAAAUUUGCAAGGAUUUUUACCAUUCGCCGAAAAUUACAAAGAUUUAAAUUUUAAAGAGGACAUUGAGGAACCCAAAAUCGAAAGACUGGUUAGACUGAAAAGAAUUGUCGAGUUUAGCAAAUGGUUAACGGAAUUAGAUAUAAAUGGCAGCAAAUUAAUCACAAAGAAUGAAGUAAAAGGAGAAUUAGUCUUUGAACCCGGUUGCACACAACCAGAUCCAACCAAAGAUUUACUUGAAGAAAUGAAAUCUUUCACCAUUGAAGUAACAGAGAGCAACAAAAAAAGUGGUUUAGAGAAGAAAGCCGGCAUUUUAAAACCGCAAGGUUCCUUGGAAAAGUCUCGCGAAGAACGCGAAUUGAACAACGAUUCGAUGGAUUUCAGCUCUGGAGUUGUAGGCGGCCCGAAGGGGGAUUUGAAGAUUAAACGGGGAAAGCAAAAUGUUGCUCUACAAUCAAUUUUCAAAAAGAUGGAAGAAAAUAAACAAGUAAAAUUUAACGUGGAAGAGCCAGAAAAAUUGGUGAAAUUCGAAGCCAAGCCCUUGCCAAAACCGCAACAAAACCCGCAACCAACUAGUCAAAACAACCAAUUCAACUUACCUCUUAGAACGCAGUCGUUCAAUCAAAAUCAUCCGGCAUUCCCGAUAACUCAACAGCAACCGCAACCCGAUUUCCUCACCAGCCUCCGAAAUGUGCCUAACAUAGACAAGGGGACCAACUACCAAUACCCGAAAACGGACGCCAACAAUCAGCUGAUGAUGCCGUUCGGAAACAUCCAACCGAACAUGAGUUUGAAACCCAACAAACCUCCAGUCGGCUACCCCAAAGCGUUCGUCAACCCCCAAAUACCGCCCCCGUACCAGAACGUGCAGAACCUGCCGUUCCCGCCGUCGUUCAACCCGCCGCCGCCGCCGAAAAGAGACGACCAGAACGCGUGGUGGCAGAACAACUUUCCGCCCAGACCGUACGAAAAUUACCCCGUCAACUACGCGGGGUAUCAGUUCGGCCCGCCGCCGCCCGACUUCAGCAAGCCGCCGCCCAGCGGGCCGCGACAAGGCGCCGGCGACAUUUUCGGGUCGUCUUGCUGGGGCGGCAACUUUCCGCAGGACAACUCGUGCAACUUCGGCGGCGGUAGUCGGGGCGUUUCGAUGCGGCAGGCCAUGCUGAAGGAGGCCAACUUGCCGGGCUCGUCUGCCGCAAGAUACCCGUGUUCGCCGCCCUCACCACCUAUAGAACAAUUCAGGUUAAAGCAUGCUCCUCCGCCUACCCCUGGAUACUCGUUAUUCAACACCACGAGCUGGAACCCGACUUUGCCGGGCCAACUGAAAAAUUCCAAACUAAGUGCGGAUAACGCUAACAAUCAGAUAUCGCAGCAGUCCUUGUUCACCGGCCACGGGCCCCAAUCGCUGGCCCAGCUUUUGGAGCAACAAAAUCAGAUUCCCAGAAACGAUUUAUAA